AUGGCGCCGGAGCACGAUGUCGGCCCACGCCUGAAGGUUCAAGCUUCGAGAGGAUACGAGGUCUCCCGCGGCCGCCUCUGCCUCGACAGCCCCGCCUCGCAAGUUGGCCGUGACCUUCCCCGCAUCGACCAUGGUCUCUUCAACCAGCCUUGGUCCCCCAACGCCAAAUGGGAACAGGGUCGGGAACGUCCUGGCAAAGAAGGACGCCUCAAAGGAAUCGGUAAACUCACCCCCCCGCGAAACCCGGAUGGACCCGACCCACGCUCUCGGGCCCGCACGGCCGUCGUCGGCACCUUCACCAACAGCGUCACAGGCAAACUGCAGCUUCUCCACGUCCGCGACGUCUGGCGGUCCGUCGAGCGCGAACAUGCCAGAAGACGUCACCUCGUUGAUCGCUGGAACGUUCUGGUCGGGGCAGGCGUCACUUCCAUCGCGAACCGCGCCUUCUCCGUUGGGCCCGUGACCUUCACCCUGGCCGCCGGCUUCUUGUCCUUAGUUAAGCAGGGCGAAGAGCUCCUCGAUCUCCACCAGCCCCUCCUCGUCCAUAGCGCGUUCCACGGCUCGUUCCGCUCCAUACGAUCGCACACCGACGACGGUACCCCGUAUAUCGAGUCUCCCCAGCUCUCCAUCUCCGCCGCGUCGAUCUCGAUCUCGGCGUAG